AUGGUACAAUCUUGUCAGGUUCAGCACGUGCAUAAUGAGAAGAGGAUUUUAGGUCAACUCGAACACCCAUUCAUAGUAAAAUUGAUCUCAGCAGAUAAAGACGGCACGAAUCUCUAUAUAAUUAUGGAAUUUGUUUCUGGAGGCGAAUUACUUGCUUAUCUUAGAGCAUCAAGGGUGUUUUCGAAUGCCGUGAGCUGUUUUUAUGCUGCUGAAAUUGUUUGCGCUUUAGAAUAUAUCCACAAAAAAAACAUUGUUUAUCGUGAUCUGAAGCCCGAAAAUCUGAUGCUUUCUCGUGAUGGUCACAUUAAAUUGACUGAUUUUGGAUUUGCUAAAGAGCUGAAAGGCAGGACCUACACUCUAUGUGGUACCCCAGCAUAUUUGGCGCCAGAAUCUCUGUCACGCGAAGGUCACGCGCAAUCUGUUGAUUGGUGGGCACUUGGUAUUCUGAUUUACGAGAUGUUGGUCGGUCAUGCACCAUUUCGUGGUAACAAUAUAGUUAAGGUGUACGAAUCCAUAAUGGAGUAUAAACUGAACUUUCCUCGUAAUUUCAACUCGGCAGCCAAAGAUCUUGUGAGAAAACUGCUCACAGUCGACAUCUCAGUGAGAAUCGGUUGCACGACCAACGGUGUCAGUGAUAUACUGCGUCAUAAAUGGUUUCAGAAAAUUGACUGGAAUGAUAUUCGUCAACUCAAAAUUGAACCUCCUAUCAUUCCUACUUUGUACCACGCUGGUGACACUGGAAAUUUUGACGUCUAUGGUGAGGAAGAAGAACAGUGGAUUGCUGCUGAACCCGUGGAACUUGAACAGUUCAAUGGAUGGUGA